AGCCCCCUAUCUGACAAACUUCAGAUGUCUUGCACUUCUAUCACUGCUCUUGCACACUUGCACGGCAUUGUUCAUCGUUGUUUUGCAAGAAUGAUUCCCCGAAAGUGCCUUACAUUAGACUGAGACUUACCAGCUACAAGAGAAUCCACAUUUGCAUAACCAACUUACUCAGUUAAGUCCGUACUUUGAACUUUUGGGUUGGAAUUUGUGAAGCGUGAUCCUUGAAAACAAUGGCGCAGAAUUUGACAACAACAACAAUUCUACGAACUGCAAUCACGGAAAUGCCGAGAGGCACCGAUAUAACGAGGAUCAAGGCAUCCACAGUGAUGCCAGCAGUAUCAUUUGAAGUACAUCUCGGCCUUACAAUUUGCUUCAUUUCGAUCUAUACUCUCCUUUUCUUCUUCAUUCUUGUCCAACUCUGUCUAAUUCUUCACUACAAGCACCGGAGACUGUCGUACCAGAGCUUGUAUUUAUUUGUUUGUCUGCUUUGGGCGGCCAUAAGAACUACACUAUUCGCGUUUUAUUUCAAUGACUGUGACACUGCGAAUAGUUUGACUGCAUUCCCGAGCUGGUUUCUAUACGCAUUGCCGAUUUAUUUGCAGUUUCUGAUGCUCUGUCUCCUGACGCUUUUCAUGGUCAAGCUGAUGCUGAAAUCGGGACGAACCUCUCUUGAGCCCACAAAAUACAGGAAAUCUCCAUACAUAGUAUUCUGUAGCAUCAAUGUGGUGUUUUUGGCCGUCAACAUCACCAGCUCCUUACUCUGUCCUGAUCAGGACAGGAUCGAGGCACUGGUCAUCACCAGAGUGAUAAUUAACCAGACACUGUUUGUCUUGGUGGGCAUGGUUCUCUGCUUUGCAGUUAGAAAGAUUACCAAGAUACGCACAUCAAAUCUAUUCUUAGAAGGUCAAGGAAGCACAGGUUGCCAAGCAACUGCUAUCUGCAUCAUCGUGGUUUUGCUGUACAUCUCGCGAGCAGUGUAUAACAUUGUAGCUGUCACUGUUCCCCAUGAUGUUUCUUCAUUUGGAUAUGGCUGGAUUAAUGUUUCUGACCAGGGUGAGAUCAAUAGCAGUGGUCAUGUGAGCCAGCAUCUUACAAAUCUAUCCUACAUUUCAUAUGGUGUGGUCCUGGUCUUGUGGGAAGUGCUUCCGACCUCCAUUGUGGUCUGGUUCUUUAGAGUACGCAAGCCACAAACUGUUAACUUUGGUCCAAGUGGAAUUGCAUCAAACAGCUUUGACAAAAAGUCGUUUUUCAACAAUCCUAACCGUUAUAACUCUGAAGAAGAUCUGAACACUACCAUACACAACAGAAGUAAUUAUGACAUCCCAGGUGUCCUAAGUCCAUCGUCCUCUAUUAAUACACACCCCACACGGUCUUAUGGCUCCCAGGGCGCGCUAAGGUCCAGUAACAGUUUCAACCGCAGUAGCAGCUACCCCAACGUGUAUAUACCAGGCACCACCCCACCUGCUUUAUUCACAUCUGGUCACCACGGCCAUCCAUAUCCAAAAAGCACACUAGAGACUGUCAGGGACCAAGAUUGAGGUGUGAAACCUGGGCCAUCAUGCUAACCCACUGUACCUGAAGAGCUGGGUAAAAUAACAGGGCUGUACCCAAUGCAGUGGUUCUCACAUUGAUGUAAAUGUGUACCCCCAAUACUCCGCCCCGUACCCUUUCCACCUCCCCCCCCCCAAAAAAAAAAACCCUCCAGAUUUUCAAAGUCUAGGGGUUGGCAUCUCUGCCACCAUACACUAAAAACAUGAGUACCACGAACAAAUCUAGGCCCAUACCAAACCAGAAUCUUCCUACCCAUCAUUACCAUGGCCAUACUAAGAUGACUUUGCAAGCCAAUCUAUUAUUUCUUUGGUUAUUUUGGAGUUUUAAUGGAACAGAAGGUGAUUAUUACAAGUACAAGAGAAGAAGCCAAGUCCCAGGGGUCCUGAUUGGGUUCCCUGUGGUAUAAGAAAUAUGACGUCAAACCAGUGUAAAGUAGUCCUAGACCCAUCAGUUUGUCUGUGGGCACAGGGUACCCAAUAAGAUUCUGAAGAGCAAGUACAAAUAUUUAGUAGAUUUUGAUUGCCUUUAAUGAACCUUUGAAUGAUAUGUCAGAAAACUGUGCAAGGCCCACCGACCACAAGUACCUCCAUAAUGUAUGAUUUUAAAUAUUUGACCAGAGUCUGCUGUAUCAUUUUCCACAGCUAACUGCCCUUAAACAAGUAAAUGAAAAAAAGUAAAAUUAUUCAAAUUCAUAGUGUAUAGAAAUAGCAAGUAAUUUGUAAAUAAAACAAUAUAAUUUUAA